GGCUGGUUGAACACAGAAUUAGACCAUUAGAUUGCUAAUUAAYUACAAUUAUCGACCCCCAGCAGCACAGGCAGGCUAUGAAGGCAUACCAGUCAGCAAGCAAGAGGUUUCAGAGAGAGGCAGAGAACAUAUCACUGGGCCUGGUGCAUCUUGAAUUGAACUUCUCUCUGGAUUUGUCCUGGCAGGUAAACAGAUGAAAAUAGUGGGGGAAGAGAGCAACGUCUACUGAAGAAAUAACCAAGACAUUCCCUCGGCAGUCUGCAAGGCCAUGCCUCAUAGAAGUCUCUGCAUAUAGGAAGAACUGUGUUGUGACUGGUGUGUCAAUCAGGGGACUCCUGCUUUACUUUUUAAAGACACUUUCACCAAUUUAAGGGAUUUCUUACAACCCAUUUCACUGGGGGACUGUUGAACAAUAACCACAAUGUACCAAGUGGUACCAGGAGGUGCAGGGGGCACAGUUACCAAUGCUACACCUAUCAAACAGAAACUGAAAAGGGACGCUCGUCCCCUAGUUGUAGCAAGUGUCUUAGGCUUGGUGCUGGUGAUUGCUGCGGUGACCGCAUGGUGCUAUUACAUUGGUUCUCUGCGCAAGGCUGAACUGCUCAAGACAGAACUUCUGGACCUUAACAAGGAUGGCUACAUCAUUCGCAACCAGGCAGGGGCUAUUGUCUUCAGGAUGUCUUUCAGGUCUGGCACCCUGGACUUAGACUCGUGUUCUAAGGAGGGGGAGAUACUGAGCUGUGGGCGCACCAGUGAUAGGAAACUCAAGUUUUUCAUCCAGACUGUAUUUGACAAUACAGUCCAAUGCUACCGUGUGCGUUGGGAAGAAUUGGUUCCCAACCUGCCCGUGGAGCACGCCAUGACCUACAACGUCUCGCACUGGUAUGGUGGAGCCGAGACUGCCAUACAGCAUUGGCCUAUAUCCAUCUCCGGGCAGCAGGCACCCAAACCUUUUGUCACCAGUGAUAUCUACUCAAACCGAAAUGGCUUUGGGGGGAUCUUGGAACGCUACUGGCUCUCAUCCAAUGCCACGGCCAUUAAGAUCAAUGACUCUGUGCCCUUUCAUCUUGGCUGGAACGACACAGAGAAGACCAUGUACUUCCAGGCGAGGUACCAUGACACACCCUACAAGCCAAACCCUGGUGAGGCACCUUGUGCUGAACUCAGCUACAGAGUCUGUGUGGGCUUGGAUGUCACAUCCAUUCACAAGUACAUGGUGCGUAGAUACUUCAACAAGCCCAACAAGGUGCCUUCCAAAGCCAUGUUCCGCCAUCCCAUCUGGUCCACGUGGGCACUACACAAGACUGACAUAGACCAAGAGAAACUGUUGAAGUUUGCUGCCAACAUCCGCAAGCAUGGCUUCAACUGUAGCCACCUGGAGAUAGACGAUCGCUACACAAACCGCUAUGGGGAAUUUGAUUUUGACUUGGCCAAGUUUCCCAACGCUACAGCCAUGUUCCAGAAGCUCAAAACAGACGGUUUUCUGGUCUCUCUCUGGACACACCCUUUUGUCAAUUAUGACUCUGAGAAUUUUCACACCUGUGUAGAAAGAGGGCUUUUUGUACGAGAACCUACAGGUCGUCUUCCGGCUUUGGUAAGCUGGUGGAACGGCAUCGGGGGCAUUCUAGACUUUACCAACCCAGAGGCCCGUGAUUGGUUCGCCUCCCACCUGCGGUCUUUACGAUCCAAGUACGGAGUGUCCUCCUUCAAGCUGGACGCGGGCGAGACAAACUACUUGCCCUGGCAAUUCAGUACAAAAAUACCCCUUCGCGACCCUAGCACGUUCACCCGUCGCUACACCGAGAUGGCUAUUCCUUACAAUGAGCGGGCCGAGCUGCGUUCAGGCUACCAGUCCCAGAACAUCUCCUGCUUCUUCAGGCCCAUUGACCGGGACUCUGUUUGGGGCUAUGAGCUAGGCCUCAAGUCCCUUAUUCCCACUGUGCUUACCAUCAGCAUUCUCGGCUACCAGUUCAUCCUACCGGACAUGAUCGGGGGCAACGCCUAUCUGAACCGCACUGAUGGUGAGCGCACUUUACCGGACCGUGAGCUCUACAUCCGCUGGCUGGAGCUGUCUGCUUUUAUGCCCUCCAUGCAGUUCUCCAUCCCCCCCUGGGAGUAUGAUAACGAGGUGGUGGAGAUCGCCCGGAAGUACACUGCUAUCCAUGAGAGCAUAGUGGCCCCACGGGUUCUGGAACUUGCUGGGGAGGUGCUGGACACAGGAGACCCCAUCAUACGACCUCUGUGGUGGAUCGCCACUGGCGACGAGACUGCUUAUAAGAUUGACUCCCAGUUCCUGAUAGGGGAUGACCUCAUGGUGGCGCCAGUACUGGAGCCUGGAAAGCAGGAGAGGGACAUCUAUCUCCCGGCUGGACACUGGCGGAGCUACAAGGGAGAACGGUUUGAUAUUAAGGAGCCUCUGCACCUUACAGACUACCCGGUAGAUCUUGAUGAAAUUGCUUACUUUGUCUGGGUUUAGUGAAGAGGGUUACAAGGCUGGACAGCUUAGCGGGUGGGCCUGCAUGCAUUUGUUUAUAGUAUUUUCUCUGAUGUCAGGGCUCACAGCACAUUUGUGUUCUUGUAAAUUUAGAAUCACUAUUAUUGAAGAAUGAUCAAGGAGAAACCUUUCCUGCUUGCUCAAACAUGUGCCUUUGCAAUAAACCAGGAAUGUUGCGGAGGAGGCAGGUGGGAGGAGCUAUAGGAGGACAGGGUCAUUGUAAUUGCUGGAAUGGAAUUAAUGGAACGGAGUCAAGCGUGGUUUCCAUGUCUGUGUUUACCGUUCCAUUUAUGCCAUUCCACCCAUUACAUUGAGCCCGUCCUCCUAUAGACCCUCCCACCAGCAUCCUCUGGAAUGUAGAUAUGUUCAUGCAUUACAAUUAUGUAUCAUGAGACAUAUGACCCAAACAUUUAUUCAGCAUGACAUAACAGUCGACUAUUAACAGAAUAGUCAUCGGCUGUCUUUGACAUUUUUAAGGGCUGAUAUUUGAAUGCUCUCAUGUCUUAUUUAUGAGUCAACACACUAAGAAGGGAAGAUGUAUAUUUGACAUGUGAAAAUGCCUUGUAUACUUACAUAUAUGUUAAUGAUUUUUUGGUUUUGCUGAUAUUUUUGUUAUUGUGUCAAUGCACUUAACAAUACAGUGUGUAAUUGUUCAGUCAGUGGUUGUUCUGUUAAGGUUCUCCCCACUCUGAAAUCAAAAGAAGGUGCACGUGAGAUUCUACACCUGAAGAUUUCUCAGGAAGUUGGGUGUCAUAUUUCCCCUGUUGUGUUAACCUUGUGUGCUUCCCAAAUGGCACCCUAUUCCCUAUGUAUAAGGCAAAAAUAGUGCACUAUAUAGGGAAUAUGGUGCCAUCUGGGACUAGAACUGUGGCGGUCAUAACAUUUUGUCAGCCGGUUAUUGUCAUGCAAAAGACUGCUGGUCUCACGGUAACUGACCAUUAAUUAACAUAAACACUUUUAGCAUCUCCAAACCUCCACUCAUACAAGCCGCUCAGACAUACUGGGACCCACUUCUUGUCAUGGAAGUAGGUGAUUAGACAUGUCUUUUUGAGUGCUUAAAGCUUAAUUACUUUCUCAGUCUUGUAAUGUUUUAAGUGACAAACUAUCCAUUUAAUUUGGUGUCACUUUUUAAUAUUAUACCCUCAACCUUUGGCUAAAUAGUAUUUACAUUACAGGCUUCAUUGAGAGGACUUGAAAUGCGUGCUAUUCAAGUUUUGUUUAAGUAGGCAAUAAUGAAAUAAUCCAAUAUGUAAGAUGCUAUGAGGUCUGAGUGAACUGAACUUUGAACUGGAACCACUGUGUGUGACAUAUGUCAAAUAUCCAUCCAGACUGUCUUAAAUGCCGUUUAACAAAUAAUAUACUGCCACAUUUUCUGCAUGACUUAUGACUGCAUGAAUUAUACUUCUGACCGAUAUUUGAAUGUCACUACUCUUUGUAAUUGUUAUAUUGCAAUUUUUUUUUUUACUGUUUUGUUAGCCAGUCCUUGGAGACCUUAAAGAUUGAACCUGUGUACGUGUGAUUCACCAUGUCGCGGUAUUGUGAACUCUUAGGUCACCUAGGGGUCAUUGUUUUUACUGGCAGAAGCUUCUCCAUAACAUCUCUGCUUAUUUAUAGCAGUUCUCAUAUCGACCUUUAGUCUAGACCGUCAUCGUCUAUGUCUAGCACUAUUACCUUACAAGAGUAGAUCUAUGCUCUCCUGAAAGACUCGCUGGAACUAGCCUAAGUUUUUUCCACUUUUGGUACAUACAAAACAAAAACAUCAAGAUGCUGACAGACUUCCCUUUGAAUUUCAGAGCACUCUUUACCCAUGACAGGAGAUUUUGUAUGCAAGCCAAAAACAUGAGUGAAAUAGCAACAUAGUUUGCAGGAACUGUCAUUGCAGGUGAAACCGCUUUGAUUAACUUUUAUAUGAAGUACCUUUUUAUUAUAUAUUUUUCUAGUGAACAGCAUAAUGUAGUAAUUCGGCCAAAACCACAAUAUGCGAAGGCUUAUCAAUACACGUUCAGCAUUAUGUGACCUGGAACAGGUAGAUGUGUAUUAGGUUGACUGAUUACAUUGUUUGUAUGUGGGAGAGUUAUUGUGAGGGUCUCCCACCACCAUAAAGUCAAACAGUUUGAUUUGCAGUUGUA